AUUUUUAUUUUUAUUUUAAAAAUUUCCCCAAUAAAAAACCCUACAGGGAAACCCGCGCAUUCCGAGUUUUGAUUUUCUGUAGCAAUGGCGGCCAUAUCCAAGCCGCCGGCGAGCUUCGCGAUCACUCCUCACAAGCUCUCUAUCUGCGUGUUGGUUCAAGUCUACGCGCCGCCUUCUCAAAUCUCCAUCCCCUUCCCUUUCUCCUCCGUUUCCCAUCACAACCGUCUCGGCGUUUUCCUCUUAUCUCUCACCAAGGCAUGUGAUGGGAUUUUCGAGCCGACUUUGGAUGAGUUGAUUGCUCAAUUGAGGGAAGUUGCUGGCUUGCUGAAUCACUGGUUGAGUGAUCAUUUAACGCGGAGGCUUUCGUCAUUGGCUUCACCAGAUGACUUGUUUAAUUUCGGGAUCCUUGGGGGUUCUGACGCUAAUGUUAUGGAUGACGAUCAGAUAAUGCUGGAUCCUAAUAGUAUUAUUGGAAUGUUUAUACGGCGUUGCUUGCUUGCCUUCAAUCAGAUGUCUUUUGAGGGUAUCUGCCAUCUUUUAACAAAUAUAGGGACAUAUUGUAAGGAAUCCAUCUCAGGGUACCCUCCUUAUGAGUUAUCACAUUUGGAUGAUUCAACAAAUGAUCCAAAUCCCUCAUUCGAAUUUGAGAAUAUGGAGAUGGACAAUUUUGUUUAUGAGAAUGUUAGUGAAGAUUUUGAAGAAAGUAAAAUGGGAAUUGGAAGAAGUCCUUCCCAGGGCCAUGCUCCCAAAGAUUUUCCAGAACUAGUUGAAGAUACUAGUAUCUCUCCAAGGCCUACGCUGGAACAUAAUGAUAUGAAUGCAGAAGUUUACCCUGGUGCAUUGUCUUCGAGUGAUAUGUCCAAAGAUAUGGGCGCCCUUGGUGGAACUUUCCUAUAUACAAGCUGGCAGGUACAAGGUUACCUCUCGGAGCAAGCAGUUGCUAUUGAGAAACAUGGAAGCUCCUUCCCCCUAAAUGCUUUUGAAUCUAUACUGAAAAAGCUUCAGCAAUUGGCACCCGAAUUACAUCGAGUUCACUACUUGCGAUAUUUGAAUAGCCUUUAUCAUGAUGACUAUCCGGGUGCAUUGGAAAACCUUCACCGUUAUUUUGAUUACAGUGCAGGGACAGAAGGAGUUGAAUGUGUCUCCCCUCCAUCUGGAUGCAGUAGCUUUGGAAGAUAUGAAAUUGCUUUAUUAUGUUUAGGAAUGAUGCAUUUUCACUUAGGGCACCCAAAGCAAGCUUUGGAAGUCUUAACGGAAGCGGUUCGAGUUUCUCAGCAGUACAGUGAUGACACAUGUCUUGCAUACACAUUGGCGGCAAUUUCUAACCUCUUGGCUGAAAUAGGAGUAUCAAAGACCUCUGGAAUUAUUGGCUCCUCAUGCUGGCCAGUUGCUGGUAUAGGCACUUCAUUGUCCGUGCAGCAACAAUUGUUUGUGCUCUUAAGGAGAUCCUUAAAGAGAGCUGAAAGUCUAAAGUUGAAGCGACUGGUGGCAUCUAUUCAUCUUGAAAUUGCUAAAUAUGACAUAAUGCAUGUUCAAAGACCACUGCUUUCUUUUGGCCCGAAGGCUUCCAUGAAGCUUAGAACGCACCCUGCCAGUGUUUACAAGGAGUUAUGGUCGAGUUCUCAUCUAAUUAAUGAGUUUGGUGAGGAAAGUUCAUUAAUGACCACUGAUGGUGCUUUCUGCACAGCGUGGCUGAGAAGUUUGAAAAAACCGACAGCCUCAUUGAUUUUUGCUCAAGAAAAUGAUACGGAGAGCUGUUCCGAUGCUUUCGAAUUUAUUGCACAGCCAAGUUCUAUUCCUGGAUCAGUUUUACAGUUACUAGGGUCUUCCUAUUUGGUUCGUGCUAGUUCAUGGGAGAUGUAUGGCAGUGCUCCUCUAGCUCGAAUAAAUGCACUGGUAUUUGCAACUUGCUUUGCAGAUUCUUCAAGUUUAUCGGAUGCUGCAUUAGCAUACUCCAAGCUCAUCCAACAUUUGGCUGUGUAUAAAGGAUACAAAGAUGCUUUUGCUGCUAUGAGAAUAGCAGAAAAGAAGUUUAUGUGUGUUUCAAGGUCCAGAAUACUGCUAGUGAAGCUGCAGGUGCUACAUGAGUGUGCCUUACAUAGGGGGCACUUAAAACUUGCUCAGCAAUUCUGUGAUGAGCUUGGUGUUUUGGCCUCUUGUGUAAGUGGUGUGGACAUGGAGUUAAAGACGGAAGCUAGUCUCCGUCAUGCUCGGACAUUGCUUUCUGCCAACCAGUAUAGCCAGGCCGCAGCUGUUGCACACUCUCUAUUCUGCACCUGUUAUAAGUUUAACUUGCAAGUUAAAAACGCCACUGUUCUUCUCUUGCUGGCUGAGAUAUACAAGAGGUCAGGCAAUGCUGUUUUAGGAAUUCCAUAUGCUCUGGCUUGCAUUUCCUUUUGUCAGUCAUUUAACUUGGAUCUUCUUAAAGCCUCCGCAACACUAACACUGGCUGAGCUAUGGCUCUCUCUUGGAUCAAAUCAUGCGAAAAAGGCUUUGGCCCUUCUACACAGCUCUUUCCCGGUACUUCUUGGUCAUGGUGGACUGGAGCUCCGGUCUCGCGCAUUUAUAACAGAGGCAAAAUGCUAUUUAGCGGAUCCAAGCUUUUCAGUUUCAGACAGUCCAGAGAUGGUGCUAGAACCUUUAAGACAAGCUUCAGAAGAACUUCAACUCUUGGAGUAUAAUGAGUUAGCAGCGGAAGCGUUCUACUUGAUGGCCAUUGUCUACAACAAGUUGGGGCAGCUGGAUGAGAGGGAAGAAGCUGCGUCUUCAUUUAGGAAGCACAUUACAGCAUUUGAGAAUCCAGAAGACAUGGAUGAUUCCGUCUACGGUAUGUUGUAAAUAAAGUUUGUGUAUGAACGUAUGUGCAUCGUAACGAUAUUGAAUGUUAUUAGCUAUCUCUAAGGAAAAUGUAUGUUUCUUUGCUGAUAUCUAUGGUAUCAGCAUGUAGUUUUGAGGUAAUUCUUCCUUGUGGGAUGUGAAGUCGCGUUCUACAUAUUGUUUUAUUCAAUUUAGGGUACUUUCACAUUUUACUCGUAUCAACCUGUUCCAGAUAUGUAAAAUUAAAAUAUUUAUUGGGUCAUUUGGUGGUAGAAUUUUGUUAUUCGAACUAUUUUUUUAU